AUGGCGAACCUCGAGGUUGAAAAGGUCAUCAUCUGGCUCCUCAAACUUCAAGCCAAGACCACCAGCACCUCAACCUCACCCGAGUCCAAGGUCAAAGAGAUCUCAAGCCAAACCUUCCUUGCUCCGGAGCACUUUGCGCAGCUGAAGCAGCAGAUCGAUGACAGCAGCGAGCUGUUCAUGCUUUUCGGCAAGAUCAAUUAUCAUCACCUUCGAAGAAACUCCCCCAGUUUCAAAUUCUUCUCGUUCCGCCCCGUUGUAGCUGACAAUCAAAUGCGACAUAGCAGCCUCCAUGAGGCCACCACCAUCAAACUGGUCAUCCAGACCAUGAAGAAGCUCGAGCUCAUCAAGGAACGUGGUGGCCACGUUGGUGAUAUCGCAGGCGGCAUAGAGCCCAAUAUCCGGCCUACCGCUGAGCUUGAGAACUACUCUCGCUUUCCAGAUGCGACUUUUGCACACUCCUACGCGAAACACCCGGGUGCUGUCUUUGAGAUUUCGUGCAGUCAGGAGUGGAAGGCUGUCGAGAUAAUUGCCUGGAACCUGAUCCUCGGCUCGCGUGGCGACAUCGCCACCGUGCUUAAUAUCGACUACCCGGAGUUUAACAAGGGCAAUUUUGCCAAGGCCACCAUUUCCCUCUGGCAGGCCAAGUUUUCCAACUCGGGUCCUGAUGGUCGUGUCACCUUGGGCGUCUGCCCUAAAAUCUGCCAGGAGGAAUUCCGAUCUUCUGCCGGCGCCGUUAUCAACGGCGACAAGACCCUCACCCUCGGUCUCCACGACUUUGUGCCCCGGCACAUCCGUGACGGCGUCCCUAACGCCAUCAUAUCGUUCUCAUACACCGAGCUCGCCGAGAUUGCCGCCUCUGCAGCCGCAGCGCACGAGGGCAAGAACAUCGUUCCGGCGCCGGAGGAGGAUAUCGAAUUUGACACGACCGGAAUGCCGGGGUGGCUCACCCGGCUCGACCCCGAAGAGAUGGCUCGCCAGCGCCAGGAGAAGCUCGACGCCCAGGAUGAGGAUUAG